CCUUGGUUUUACCAUAUUGCAAGCAGAUCAAUAUGGUCACAUGAUCGAAACCGAAACCAAAACUAACCUACUUCUAGUGAAACCAUACUAAUCAUUCUGCAUCAAUGUUCUCUUAUGAAAGUACUUUCCCGAUUCUACUUUCGUUUCUCAGAACAGAUAUAAGCUUUAUCAAAGGAAAGUACUAGACAUCUUCAAAACACAAUGUCGCAAAAUCAGAGUGAAAAUGAGGCCGCUAAAGUUCUGCCAGAUUUGGGUUCAGAAUACAAAUACCACGCCUUCAUUGCAUAUGCGCAUGAAGAUAAAGAGCUCGCAGAAAAAAUUGCAGAAAUACUGGAACCUUAUGGUGCAAAACUCAUGUUUGCAGACAAGGAGUUUCAGCCAGGGAAAACAAUUGUCGGGAAUAUUGAAGAAAAGAUCCACCAAUCACGUCGCUUGCUUGUAAUUUGCUCCAAAAAGUUCACGGAGAGCAACUGGGCCCAAUAUGAGGCAAUUCAAGGCAUACAGAAAAUGAUGACAUUGGGCAGUCAGUUUGUCCAGAUAGUGAAGCACAACAUCCAACACUCUGACAUGCCAAAAUACCUGAACUGGUUGACCUACAUAGAGUCAGAUGCUGAACCAGAAGAAUUCAAAAAGAAAAUCAUAUGGGCAUUAUCAGGUGAAACAGCUGUAUUCGCAGGAGUAGAAAGCUACAAGCUGCUGGGCAAUGGUGUGGGGAAGGGCCUUGCUUACUCCUAUUUCUUCAGCUACUUGAGUGUCAUCUUACCAGGACUUGCUGAUAAGGUUGAAAAGCACCUGAAGAAACCAGGAUAUGAAAAUGUCAAAAUGCCGAAGAAAUUUUUCUUGUUGGUCCCUGAAACGGCAGAUUUGCCACAUUCGAUUGUCAAGCAUGAUAAACAAAUUGUAAUCCAAGACAAAGAGAAUGAUCAGUUCUCACAGAUGGUCCAGAGAGGAGGUUCUGAAAGACCUUACAAAAAUACAAUUCUUACCAUAAUGGAUGGGCCACAGAAAUACCAAGUUCUGGCCGAAUAUGCCACAGUGCUGCUCCCUAUCCAUGAGAUGUCACAGACAGACAUGAUUACCAUCACCGAUCGUGACAAAUUAUUCCAAGUGCAGGAGUUUGUCAGGGAACUUGGAACUAUAUUGUUACAUCCCAAAUAUGCCCGCCUUGGUGGAAUGGUGGAAAUUGUGCCAUUGAACGAGGAGGAAAAUCGGGAAGGAAACUUGGCUGGUGUUCUCUUGGAGAAAAUUAAGGCCUCUGUACUUGAAGAUGGAGUAACACAAAUGAGUGUGGAUGAUUGAGCAUUUCAGAAAAAUUCAUGAACAUUUCAGAAAAAUUCAUG